GUGAUGACGUGGGCGACAGGGAGGCCGGCCUGGCAGCGACAGCGGCGCAAGAUGGCGGCCACCACGGGCUCCUCGGGAGUAAAAGUUCCUCUAAUUUUCGACUGCUGGAAGAACUUGAAGAAGGUCAGAAAGGAUAGGAGAUGGAACUUAGUUGGGGUCUUGAAGAUGAUGAAGAUAUGACACUUACAAGAUGGACAGGCAUGAUUAUUGGACCUCCCAGAACAAUUUAUGAAAACAGAAUAUACAGCCUUAAAAUAGAAUGUGGGCCUAAAUAUCCAGAAGCACCUCCAUUUGUAAGAUUUGUAACAAAAAUUAAUAUGAAUGGAGUAAAUAGUUCUAAUGGAGUGGUUGAUCCAAGAGCCAUAUCAGUCCUAGCAAAAUGGCAGAAUUCUUAUAGUAUCAAAGUUGUUCUUCAAGAGCUCCGGCGUCUAAUGAUGUCUAAAGAAAAUAUGAAACUUCCUCAACCGCCCGAAGGACAAUGUUACAGUAAUUAACGAAAAACAAACAGAAAAAUCAUGCCCCUUCAUUCAACUUAAGCUCUCUUCAUUUUCCACAGUAGUAAAUUUUCUAGAUGCAUCUUGUAGACCUCCAAGUACUGGAAAGGAAGUUCCCAUGCAAAGGAAAGUCUAUCUUGAGAUACUGUAAAUGAUACUAAUUUUUUUUCAUUUGAAAAUAAGUUGUGCUAUAACAAAUAACGCUGUCAUGUGUAACCACUGUCCACAUAGUUGAACUUCUGGUAUCAAGAAAAGUCUAUUUAAAUUUAUUACUGUCAAGACCAGUGUGGCACAUUGAACUCAACUGUGAAAAUGCAUAAAAAGCAUACAUCACACAAUCACAAUGCUGUGUGUUUGGCCUGGGUUUAUAUCUCCCUUGUUUCUCUCUCCUUCCUUCCCUCCCUUCAUUGCAAUAGAGUUGAUGCUCAGGGCUAUUUAUUAGAGUAGAUGCAAAAGGCACAAUCUAUGAGGAGGUUCUCUUGCACAGGCCCCUUUGAAAAGAACUCCAGCUAUGUGAGAGCACUAUUGUGCUCUCGCACAGUUCUCCUUCAUUCCAGUAGGGCUUUCUCAAGAUAACAUCCAAAAGUAUUGUGCCCAAAGGUUUCAAUUCCCAGUCCUAGGCUGGGCUAUAUGGACUACUAAUGGGAUGUGUUGAUAUCCUCAGUCAUCCCUCCCUUUGUGCAAGCUCUAGUAAAAUGCUGAAUGUGUCUGGGGUUUGUUUUUAUUUUUUGUUUUUAAAGAACACAAUAGUAAUUUGGGGCAGGCUCUUCUUUCUCCCAAUAAUCUUUGACAUAGAUUGAAUUUCUGCAAUAUCCCUUCCCCUGUAAUGUGGGCUUUGGGACAGCAGAUAUGGGGGUCUUUCAAUCUUUCCCAUCUCCCCUUUGUCAUAGUUGGGAUGCUGCUUUCUUUAUUGCCCCUUCUAUGAUCCUUUCCUUUACACCUGGCCCAAAAAAAAAAAAGGUAAGUGGCUGGCAAACUGCCUGAUUUUGUUAUUAUUAUAAUAUUAUUAUUGUUGUUAUUUUUGCUUCAUGCUUGUCAACCUUUUUGUGGGGGGGGGGAGAGGGGGAAUUAUAAAUUUAGUCUUCACCAGCUGAGAAAACAAGAGUGUCUGUCUUUGCUUGCAAGUAUCUUUCCCUUCCUGCCUUGUGGCAUUGCUUCCACACCGCCAAGCAGGCCAUGGCUGAUGUUAUUAGAUAGGCUUUCGAUGUGAAAAGAGCAGUAAUUUACCAGGAUUGCUUAAGCCCUGUGAGAAUGGCCAAAUGUUGAAGAACGAUUUCUAUAUAGACAUUUGAAACAAACACUCCAGCUCUCUGAGCUGAAGAUCACUACCUCCACUCAAGCCCCAUGUUAUCAGUGUGUGUUACUUCUGGCCCUAUAAGAGCCUGCCAACAUAAGAGACAAAUCCACUCUGUGGGGGAGAUUUUGUUCUGAUGCUUUGCAAAGAUGAGGACUCUUUCCUAAAGAAUGGGAUGGCACUGCCAUGCUUCUUGGCAUAGGGACUGUGAUUGGCAAGGCUUCCUGGCAAAUCACUUCCUUUUCGGACUUCUUGUUUUGGACCACUAACUGCUGAAACUUGGAUGCAAGCUUAAGUGCAAACAAUCUAGUGUGUCCUCCUUUUACGUUUUAUGAAUAAAAAUUCAGUGUUUGUGUAAAAAAAGAAAGAAAGAAAAAACAAAUGUCACAUUUAAAAGCAGAAGCUAUCAAGUCAAUAAACAAUUGAUGUUUCCAUUAACUCUUUUGAGGAAAAUAUUAGUUGUAAGGAUUUAACAUCCUCUGUAAUUAAAAAUUUAACAUAACAGUAUUCCAUAAGCAGCCUUUUUAUUGUAUCAGACCAUUGCCUGAUUUUAAUAUAAUAAAAAGUGUGCAUUAAUA